UUAACGGGAGUCUCCACCAGUGCAAGAGGGAUCGGGAAGUGCCCGAACAAUGGACACAGGGAGCGCGUUUUGGCGUUAAAUGUUCCUGGAACGGGACAUGGGGGUCCGUAAAGUCAGCUGCUGCGCUUAAUGGGCAGAAGUGGAGCCACAAAGCAAAGAAAAUGACACCAGAAGAAGUCAAAGAGACGGCGCGCCACAAAGGAGGGCAAAGCAGGACGCGUGUGUGCAGGGAAGCUGUGCCCUAGAUCUGUAACGUCUGACUUGUUCUGUCAUCCGCAGGCUCGUUACAUUCUGUUUCGCGAUGCAGUUCACUCUUUCCAACCUGCAUCUGGGGAAACAAAGAAAAUGCUUUCAGUGACAACUUGUCGCCAUGCGUAAAUGGAGAAGCAUUUUUGUGUAUUUGCUGUACGCGUUUAUUAUGCUUACAAUAAACGGGGCUUGUCUGCCCUGUCACUAACUCAUGCCCUCUCCCAUGACCCCGCUGCUAUCUGCUGUACUAUAGAUUUCCAAAUCCUUAAAAUCUGCCAUGAGUGAUGGCGAUGCCCGCAGAAUCUAACAGUAGCGGUGCGCAAAGCAGCUCUCAUGAAAAAAUCUUCAGGGCACCGGAUCGCAAUAGUUAUGUGAAAACAUGUGUCAUCCCACUGUGUCGUGACCAGGACUAUGAAUCGUGGGUGAGGCGAACGCUCACAAAAAUAUGGAGUUCCCAGAGACUCCGGUGUGCGGUGUGUGUGGGGUCACUUUCGGUUUUUCUCGCUCUGUUGGUUAAAUGUGCAGACUGGAAAGCUGAGGCCAGCAGCAGCGCUGACAACAGACUCUCUUAUUCAGCGUCUCCCAUUCACUUCGUUUCGGGCUGCGCGGCGGAGCUGCUGCAAACUUGCUGGAGUGUGGUUUCGCCAGUGUUUACCCUUGUAUGUGCCUUCUUUUGGGUUGGUUUGUAUCUGAUCCGCUGUGGAGUUCUAAUCCAGACCGCCCUUUUCCUCCUAACGCUGUGCCACCUGGGCGAAGCAGCGGCGUGGUCUCUCCUGGACGGGACGGAUGAGCAGCUGUUCUCAUUCACUACAGCGGCCGUGGUCGUGCUCGUCUGCCUUGCCACCGGCGCACUCAUGGUAGCACGGCUAAAUCAGGGCAUCUCUGUCAUCGUUUUCAUCAGUAUAGUCAGGACUAUCUCACUCUUCUCACUGCACAAAGUGCGGGCCACUUGGAGACCGUACGUAGCGUACCUGGUUGGAGUGCUGGGCAUCCUACUGGCGAGGUAUGCUGACAAGCUCCUUCCCAACCAAGGGAGACAUAAGGAGGGCUGCACCCCCGUGACUGGAGCCAGGGAAGAGAUCCCUGUAUUUAAAAGGCGCAGGAGGUCCAGUUCUGUGAUAGCCUCAGACAUGGCACACAGUCAGUCCAACAGCAAGUCACAUCGCAGGACCUCGCUGCCAUGCAUCCAGAGGGACCAGAUGCUCCCCCACUCAGAAUGGGACCACAAGAGAGGCUCCCGAGGGUCACAGUCAUCAGGCACCAGUGUGACGGUGGACAUAGCAGUGAUGGGAGAGGCCCAUGGACUAAUCACAGACCUGCUGGCAGACCCGUCUCUCCCCCCCAACACCUGCACCUCACUGCGGGCUGUCAGCAACCUGCUCACCACCCAGCUCACCUUCCAGCCACUGCACCGGCCACGCCCUGCUCCCCUGCUCAACCUCAGCGACGCCUACACCUGCUCUGACUCAGAGGAGGGGCCUGAGAAGGGAGAGAAGACGUCCAUCCCCAAGCGUCUCAGGCGGAGCCUCCACCCUGGUCUACUGAGGAGGAUCUCUUCAACAUGGACCACCACCACCUCUGCCACAGGCCUGCCCACCAUUGAGCCGGGUCCCGUACGAAGGGACCGCAGUGCCAGCAUCAAACCCUACCAUGAAACACUCACCUGCAGCUGUGGGAGGCCAUACAUCAGGCUGAGCCAUGGAGAGGGAUCUUUAGACAAAGGGGACAGGAUACCACGGUCAGCAGAGGACCAAGUGGUAGCGUCAUCAGACUAUGAUAGCACCCAUGAAGCCAACCACAGUGACAGCAGCGAUGUAGCACAUACAGAGGAAGACACAGAAGAAGGCAAAAACCCCUCCCAGAGUGUCAUCCUCCACCCACUAAUACCUCCUGAGGAUAAACCAAUUCUGGCCCCUGAGCCAUUGAUAAUGGAGGACUUAGAGCCCCUGAUGAGUCAACUAAACAACUGGAACUUCCCCAUCUUCUGCUUGAUGGAGAAGACCAACGGGAAAUGUGGACGCAUCCUCAGUCAGGUCGCUUACAGGCUCUUUGAAGACACAGGCCUGUUUGAGACCUUCAAGAUCCCCGUGAAAGAAUUCAUGAACUACUUCCAUUCCCUUGAGAACGGUUACAGAGACAUACCAUAUCACAACAGGAUCCAUGCCACAGAUGUUCUACAUGCAGUCUGGUACCUCACCACACAGCCUGUCCCCGGCCUGCCCAGCCUCAUUACUGACCACGGCUCUGCCAGUGACUCAGACUCAGACAGUGGCAUAACACACAGUCACAUGGGCUUCCUGGUUUCAAAGACCUACACUGUGUCAGAGGACGGUUAUGGCUGCCUGUCAGGCCUCAUACCUGCUCUGGAGCUCAUGGCGCUUUAUGUGGCAGCUGCAAUGCACGACUAUGACCACCCAGGGAGGACCAACGCUUUCUUGGUGGCUACCAGCGCCCCACAGGCAGUGCUAUAUAACGACCGCUCAGUUUUGGAAAACCACCACGCUGCCUCAGCCUGGAACCUCUUCAUGUCCCGGCCAGAGUACAACUUCCUUGUCAACCUGGACCAUGUUGAGUUCAAGCGUUUCCGCUUCCUGGUCAUCGAGGCCAUCCUGGCCACUGAUCUCAAGAAGCACUUUGAUUUCCUUGCUGAGUUCAAUGCCAAGGUGGGCGACGAUCCAUCCACGGGUAUUGAUUGGUCCAAUGAGAAUGACAGGCUGCUGGUGUGCCAGAUGUGCAUCAAACUGGCUGACAUCAACGGGCCUCUAAAGUGCAAAGAGCUGCAUCUCCAGUGGACGGAGGGCAUUGUCAAUGAAUUCUACGAACAGGGUGACGAGGAGUCCAGCUUGGGCCUUCCCAUCAGCCCCUUCAUGGACCGUUCAGCACCACAGUUGGCCAAGCUCCAGGAGUCUUUCAUCACACACAUUGUGGGACCACUCUGCAACUCGUACGACUCGGCCGCCCUCAUGCCAGGUCGCUGGGUGGAACCUAACCCAGAGGCGGAGGAGCCAGAUAUAGUGGAGAAUGAGGAGGAGGAAGAGGACACAGCAGAGGAAGACACGUCCACCAGCUCAGAGGGAAUACAAAAAGCAACUCCCAAGAAGAGGAGGAAAGUCUUCUGCCAAAUCACCCAGCACCUGCUGGAGAACCACGAGAUGUGGAAGAAGGUGAUCACAGAGGAGGCCCAGAAACAGGGUCAAGGGGCGGAGUCUGUUCGUAUCAACAAUGUAGCUGAGCCAAUCCUGGCUAUUCAUGAGGAGGAAGAGGAGUCAGGCAGCAAAGAGGAGCUUAUAGAAGGGGAGGAUCCAGAGGAGGAACCAGAGGACGAAGUGGAAACAGAGUGGCCAGUCCCUCCGGAGGAAGACUCUGAACCCACAGAGGAACUAGAAGAGGGGGGUCCUCAGUGAAAUGGCCCAUGGGAAAUAUGGUGUCUGUCAGGGCUAGAACAUGAAGAAGUGAUUUUUUUUUUUUUUUUUUUUUUUUUUUAAAUCCAACCAACUGACUCCUGUUUUUUGCCAGCACAUCACUUAGACACAACACUGUAGAAGUUUGGGAAAUGUGUGCCUAUAAAGAAAAAAAAACAAAAAAAAAACAGGGUGGGCAAAAUUGUGCUUUACACGUUUUAUCUGAAUAUCCGGUUUAACCAAACUUUUGAGGAGCUUUCCAUAUUGCAAUACGGGAUUACUGAUUAACUUUGGGAUACAGACUCUUUUGCUACUGUCAAGAGAAGAGCAAGACUGGUCACAGAGACCUCUACAUAAUGUGUUAACACAGGACUGCAGAAAUUUGCUGCCAAUUUAUACAUAAAUAUUUUCUAAAUGCAAUUAUAUAAAAAGACCACAAUUACCUGUAUUUGUGUUUAAAUUUUAGAGUGGGGUUUUUGAGGUCUGAUAUGGACCACAAUAUCAUUUCCUUUUUUAUGUAUGGAUUAUAAAGGGAAUCGAUCAAAUGAUAAUCUUACUACCCCUUCUUUUCUGCCAAAAUUGAUCAUCCAUCCAUGAUCUUUAGCGUACAAAGGCAAGCACUGCACUCUUCCGUCUUUACAGACUAGCAAGACAUGACAUUUACAAAUAAAAAUGAUUCAGUUUAGUUUUGUCAUCUGAUGCUACAAUUCCCAAUUUGUCUAAUUUAACUUUGUUGCCAAAUGAAGUACUUUAUACCAUUUCCUAGAGUAGUGAUUUUAGUUUAGGGAAGGAGGCUUGUGGAC